UGAGGCACCACCCCUUCCCGGUCCUGGGCACAAGGCCCGGUGGGGCUGGGAAUGUCCCGGGCGGAGGCUAUCAGACUAGAUCAUAGCACAACCCUGCACAGCUGUGUUGCAGGGUCCAGAAGCUCACUGUUCCGAGAUGGCCGGGCAGUCAGACAAGGAUGUGAAGUACUACACCCUGGAAGAGAUUCAGAAGCACAAAGACAGCAAGAGCACCUGGGUGAUCCUGCAUCAUAAGGUGUACGAUCUGACCAAGUUUCUCGAAGAGCAUCCUGGUGGGGAAGAAGUCCUAAGAGAGCAAGCUGGGGGCGAUGCUACCGAGAACUUUGAAGAUGUUGGGCACUCUACGGAUGCUCGAGAACUGUCCAAAACAUACAUCAUCGGGGAACUCCAUCCGGAUGACAGAGCAAAGAUAGCCAAGCCUUCGGAUACUCUUAUCACUACUGUGGAGUCCAAUUCCAGUUGGUGGACAAACUGGGUGAUCCCCGCCAUCUCAGCCCUGGCUGUGGCUCUGAUGUACCGUCUCUACAUGGCAGAAGAUUAACUUGUCUCUCCACAACCGAGGAAGGAAAAGACUGCCCCAGAGAGGGGAGAAAGAAGCCAGUGUUAAUCACUUCCACUGACAGAAGCCUUCCCCACCCCC